AGGGAUUGACCGAGUGAGCGAGGUCAGUAUUGGUACCGGCACCUAUCAGUCUGGUACCGGUACCGUGCCGUUUAGUCGGUACCGUUACUGCGUUGCAUUGCACAUUCAAACACCAGCAAGAGAAGAUGGCGCCCGUGCUUGGUUACUGGGAUAUCCGCGGCCUUGCCCAGCCAAUCCGCCUCCUCCUGGAGUACACUGGGACGGAGUAUGAAGAGAAGUUGUACAAGUGUGGGGAGGCACCUGAUUAUGACAAGUCAUGCUGGUUCAGCGUCAAGGAAACAUUGGGCGUGGACUUCCCUAAUCUUCCAUACUACUUUGAUGGGGACACCAAGGUGACGCAGAGCAAUGCCAUCCUGCGCUACAUUGCCCGCAAGCAUGACCUCUGUGGCAAGACCGAGGAGGAAAAGGUCCGCGUUGACAUGCUGGAGAACCAGGCCAUGGACCUCCGCAACGGCUUCACCCGUCUUUGUUACAGGGACUUUGACACAGGCAAGGAUGCUUACCUCGAGGCCAUGCCAAAGACCAUCAAGCAGUACUCAGACUUCCUUGGGACGCGGCCGUGGUUUGCUGGAGACAAUAUUUCAUUUGUGGACUUUGUUGUCUAUGAGCUGUUGGACGAACACCUCCAGCUGGACAAGGACCUCCUCAAGGAUGCCAAGAACCUGCAGGAGUUCCAGAAGCACUUUGAGGAGCUGGAGCCCAUCAAGAAGUACAUGGCCUCCCCCAGGUUCUUGAAGAGUCCCAUCAACAACAGGAUGGCCAAGUUUGGCAACAAGUAGAUGGAAAUUCAGAGGACAACACAAAAAAAUACUAAUAUAUUUAGUUAUCUUUCACCUUGUGUGUGGGAAUAGCACAUUUCCUCAAGUAUUUAGUUCUUGCUUCUCAGCUUUGGCAGUCUUGUUUGUCUUCUGAAAUGCCCUGCAGGUAAUGGAGUAACUAGUACAGCCUUGGGUCAGUGUAGUUCUAGUGUUCAUUCCAUUAGUAUACUCAUUGUAAGUUAAAUCUACGUCUUGGAUGGUUACCUCUGCUGUUACCAAGUAACUCUCAGUACUGCUGCGACUUAUUUUCUUGUUGCAGCAGCCACACAAGUACAAGAUUUAUUGAAUUUAGUUGUGAUAUCAUUGUGCAGCUGUUAACGGACCCCACUAGCGAGACUUGAAUUUUGGGUCUUUACCGUAAGGUUACAUCUCAGUUUUAUGUUUUAUGGAAUUUGUUGGUGUUAACCCAGCCUAUAGAAGGUUAUGAACAAAAUAUCAAGGCAGCUAAAGGAAUAAUAGUAUAAUAAACUAAAUCCAGCUUUAAACAUAGCUAUGUGAGAUUUCCCUUAGAUUUUAUUGUUGACCAAUAUGGUCAUAUAUCCAGAUUAAAUGUAAGAGGCAGCUUUUUAUAAGAUGAUGCAUAUUUAAUAAUCUUGGCUGCUUAUCUUUUGUAAGGGGUAGUCAGAAUGUGAUCUCAUGCAUCGUGAGUAUGGAUGAAAAAGCUGAAACUUUAAAAUGUUUGAACUGUUUACAAGAUGAGCAGAAUGGUGAAACUUAUCUUACUCAGAGUUUUGUACACUUCACUGCCAGCCCCAGUAAGUAACACUGCUCAGCCUUGUCAUGUGAAUGUCAUUUUCUUGGUGAAUGAUAUUUUUCAAGAUUUGUACUGAAACUAUUUAAUUUCUGCUGCAGUUUAUAUUCACUGCAGGAUGAAUAAAUUUGUGUAAUGUUUUCA